GUCCUUAGUGGCCUGUGCGGAGGCGAGUCUCAUGGAGGUGGGCAUGGAGUUAUCGGACUUGACACACACCCUCUCCCUCUUUUAUCUCACUCAACUUCCUCUCAUUGACCUGACAGAAGGACCUCCUUUCAUGCAUCGGUUUCUAAGUCUGGCUUUGCUGUUUACCUCUGUGGCUUUGGAUAUAGACCCUUCUAGAGUGUUCUUCUAAGCAACCCCACCACAAUGGUGCUUCGGAAAGACGAACUCGAAAUACAGCUCAAAAACGAGAAUGAAUUGAUCAAAAAUGGCGUGUUGAGAGAGGAUAAUCCCCUGGAUCAGUCCGUCGAGUUUGAGGCCUUCCUGCUGGCUUGCAGGAGAGGUGACCUGAAGACGUGUCAAGAGCUGAUAUCGGCGGGCGUGAACAUCAAUGGCAAGGAUCGCUUUGACUAUACCCCCCUGAUCAUUGCCAGUCUAUGUGGCCAUCUGGAACUCGUACAGCUGCUCCUGGAGUCCGGUGCUCUGGCUGAGAGAAAUACGUUCCAAGGGGAGAGAUGCAUCUACAACGCCCUCAACGAUAGGAUAAGAAACCUUCUUUUGGAGUAUGACUACUCGAAAUCGACGGAUCCCCUGCAGCCAUGGGCGGGUCACAUCACCAGUCUCCUCUCGAAGGCCGUCCCAAAGACGGCGGACAUCGGCCUGAUCGCCGCGGCGCAGUCCUUCGACCUGCACAAGUUCAUCCUGGCGGCGCGGACGCCGUACUUUCGUAGAAAGCUGUCCGACGCGCCCGAAACAACAACGUGGAAGCUCCCGUCUACCCUCCCGCUGGAGUCCUUCCAGGUCGCCCUACGCUACCUCUACCUCGGCGAGGUCCCGAGAGACGUCGUCACCCCGCGCAGCACCGUCUCGGAGGAGGAGGUGCUCACAGGUGUCGACAAGCUCAGCAAGCAGCUCGAGAUCGAGCAGCUCUGGGAGGCGAUUCUCGCGGGCGGCGACCGCCGCCUCGCGCGCCAGCGGUAUGAAGACGAGGUGAAGCGCGCUCAGGGCCAGGUCGAGCGCUUCUACCGCGACAAGGUCCUCGGCCACAAGAUGGUGGCCGAGACGAAGCGCGUAGGCGACAUUAAGUGGCGCCACGACAACUCCAUCUUCGCUGACUGCCUCCUCUGUGCGCACGAACCCGAGAGCGACGAGGUCGGGAACGACGCGGGAGAGGACGACGACGCCAACGCCGGCGUUGUCCGCCUCAAUGGAAUUCCCCUUGGCCCGGCCGUCAACACUGACGGCGACAGGCCGAAGCGGAGGCCUAGGAAAUCGGUGGUAUACCCGGUGCACAAGGCGAUGCUCAUCCGCAGCCCCUACUUCGAGACCAUGUUCUCCAGCGAGUUCCGCGAGGCGCAGGACUCGGAGCACCUCCACGUCGUCACGGUGGACUGCAUGCCUGACGUCCUCGAGAUUGUCCUCACUUACCUCUACACCGAGAAGGUCGACUGCCCCCUCGAACUCGCCCUGGACCUGCUGUACACGGCCGACAUCCUGUUCCUCGAUAAGCUCAAGACCAAGGCCGCGCAGGCCAUCAGUACCCUGGGCAGCGGCAACAGCAAUGUGUGGGCCGACCGCACGCACGCCUCAGCGGGGCGGCAGGAGGAGGGUGAAGAGCAGCAACAGCAGCAGGACGAGAUGGAGCCCAUCAACAUCUAUGACGUAAUCCACGCAGCCUGGGACUUGCGGGUGCAGCGGCUCGAGGAGUUCGGCGCGCGGUACCUCGCCGACCGGCUGGAGGACUAUAUCGAUGAGCCCGAGUUCGCUGAGCUCAUCCGCGAGAGCGCCGAGCGGAUCAGGAACCGUCAGGAGACGGACACCAUCGAGCUGCUGGACGACAUCCGGUACUACCUGGGCGAGCGGUUCCGCCUGCGCUUCGAGGACGCCAACCUCGACGAGAUGAUGGACGAGGAGGGCGAGAUCGACGCCGCCCUGGCGGAGACCAUUGCCGCGCAGAGUGAGCAGCAGCAGCAGCAGCAGCAGCAGCAGACUGAUGGGAAGGAGGAUCCCAUUACCGCCCCCGUGAAAGCGGCAUCCGCUGCGACUUCUGUGAGGGACGGCGAGGGCGGAGAGAGCGGAGAGGAGGGCGAGGGUGGCCAGGGUGGCCAGGGUGUCAAGACGUUGGCCGGUGAGGUGGCUGAGGACGAGUUCGCCUCAGAUGCCAUCAACUACCAGAUAUUACUUGGGAAGAUCGACACAAUGCUGGAUCGCUUGAAGCUGGACGCGUAGACGGUGCAAAUUAGAUGCUAUAGAGCUAGAAAACACCGACGCCCAUUGCGAGAAGUGCUUGUCCUGCGUACGCAUGACGUUGGUAAUUCCUUAACAGAAUGAUCUGAGAAGACCUCUCUGCAUCGGCUUAUAUCGCCAAGAGACCUGGGCGAUGGCCCACUGCAAGUGUUAUUCCGUUCUUUUCAUUUUCUCUCUACCCGCUCUAGCGGACGUCCGAUAUCAGCCUGUGGUAUAGCACUCGCACCAAACACCGUCACAUAACAGCCCCUCCAAACCCCCUUCUCGGCUACGACCGCGCAACAACCUCGUCGAAACUCUGGCCCACCAGCUUCAGGAAAACGUCCUUGUACUUCUCCGCCGUGGCCCGGCACACGUCCUCGGGCAGCGCGACACCUUCCUUCCCCUUGAGCCCUUGCUCGAUGAGCCAGUUGCGGAUGAACUGCUUGUCGAAGCUCUCCUGGUCGCGGCCGACCUCGUACUUGUCGGCGGGCCAGUACCGGCUGCUGUCCGGCGUGAGCACCUCGUCCACGAGCACGACCUCGUCCGUGUCCGGGUCGACGCCGAACUCGAACUUGGUGUCGGCGAGGAUGAUGCCGCGCUCGGCGGCGUAGUCGCGCGCCGCGGAAUAGAGGCG